GAUGCGUUCAUGGUACCCAAGGGAGACCCUGAAGGCUCAGCCACCCCCACACCCUUCACCUGCUGUAUGGACAGAGCCCCAAGGACGGAUCUGGCCCUUCAGCCCGCUGGACAUGGCUCCCCCACAGCCAGCCGGCAUAGCCAUGGCCCCGCUGCCCUCUCCCCCUGCCGGGUACCCAGCUGCAGAGCUGGCUGCAAGCCCAGAGCCCUGUUCCCCCCCUCCCCGUCCCGAUAAGGAGGCGAGCCCUCCUUGGGAUCAAGGCAAUGACCCCACAGCCACUAUAAAGUCUCCCUGUGCUGCUGCAGCCCUGCAGCUGGCCCCACCAUGCCGCUGCUAGGCACCCUGCUGCUGGCCCUGGCCCUGCUCUGUGCCUGGGUGCUGGUACACCAGCGAGCCGCCACAAAAAUGGGGACAAGGACAGGGACGGGUCCAGGGCGCCCACGGAGCCUGCCAGCCCUGCCGCUAGUGGGGAGCCUGCUGCAGCUGGCCGGGCACCCCCAGCUCCACCUACGGCUCUGGCACCUGCAGGGCCGCUACGGCAGCCUCUACGCCCUCUGGAUGGGCUCUCACUAUGUGGUGGUUGUCAACAGCUAUCGGCAUGCCAGGGAAGUGCUGCUGAAGAAGGGGAAGGCUUUCGCUGGACGGCCGCACACCGUGACCACGGACCUGCUGUCCCGGGGGGGUAAGGACAUCGCCUUUGCCAGUUACAGCCCCCUCUGGAAGUUCCAGCGCAAGCUGGUGCAUGCGGCCCUCUCCAUGUUUGGGGAGGGCUCACUUAGCCUUGAGACGAUCAUCUGCCGGGAGGCUGCAUCCCUGUGCGAGACACUCAGCGCUGCACAGGACACAGCCCUUGACGUGGCCCCUGAGUUCACACGGGCCGUCACCAACGUGGUCUGCUCCCUCUGCUUCAACUCCUCGUACCGGCGUGGGGACCCCGAGUUUGAGGCCAUGCUGGAGUACAGCCAGGGUAUCGUGGACACUGUGGCCAAGGAGAGCUUGGUGGACAUCUUCCCCUGGCUCCAGAUCUUCCCCAAUAAGGACCUGGCCCUGCUGAAAAGAUGCCUCAAGGUCCGGGACCAGCUGCUGCAGCAGAAGUUCACCGAACACAAGGAAGCCUUCUGCGGGGACACCGUGAGGGACCUCAUGGAUGCCCUCCUGCAAGUGAGGCUCAGUGCCAAGAACGGCAGCUCUCCGGCACCAGGGCUGGAGUUGACUGACGACCACCUCCUCAUGACUGUGGGGGACAUCUUUGGGGCUGGCGUGGAGACCACCACGACUGUGCUCAAAUGGGCUGUGCUCUACCUGCUCCACUACCCCGAGCCCUUGCUCCCCUCCCAGGUCCAGAGGAAGAUCCAGGAGGAGAUGGACCAGAAAAUCGGCCUGGCACGUCACCCCCAACUCAGCGACCGCCCACUGCUGCCCUACCUGGCGGCCACCAUCAGUGAAGUGCUGCGCAUCCGACCCGUGUCCCCCCUGCUCAUCCCCCACGUGUCCCUUGCCGACACCAGCAUCGGGGAAUACUCCAUCCCCAAGGGCGCCAGGGUCAUCAUCAACCUCUGGUCCAUGCACCAUGACGAAAAGGAGUGGGACAAGCCUGAGGAGUUCAACCCUGGCCGCUUCCUGGAUGAGCAGGGCCAGCACAUCCACUCACCCUCGCCCAGCUACCUGCCGUUCGGGGCCGGGAUCCGCGUCUGCCUGGGUGAAGUCCUGGCCAAGAUGGAGCUCUUCCUCUUCCUGGCCUGGGUGCUGCAGAGGUUCACGCUCGAGUGUCCCCAGGACCAGCCCCUGCCCUCGCUGGAGGGCAAGUUUGGUGUUGUGCUGCAGGUGCAGAAGUUUCGAGUGAAGGCUAGGCUGCGGGACGCCUGGCGAGCCUCGUGACGGGGACAAGGCCUGGAUCCCAGGCACCGGUGGGAUGCGAUGGGAUCACAGAGGCUAUGCCCUGCCUGCCCCAUGGAUGUGGGGUUGUCUGGAUAAAGCUGUUUCCGACGCA